GAUAAAUAAUACGUUUUUGUCUUACAUCGUCGAAAACCCCUGACACAGGGAUCCUCUCUUACCACAUGCAUCGACUUAUUCACUGAAGAGCAAAUAUAUCCCUGAAUACCGGCCCAGCACAAACAAUGAUGUCUGUAUUACAACAGAAGGGUUUAUCUUUACCUGUGUGUUUAAUGUUAUUUCGUAUCUUUGCGAUACAGACAUCAGUUGUUUUGUUAUUAAAGUGCACAAUAUGACUCCUUAUUCCGUAUUUUAAGAAAACAAAUUCACUAUCAGUAUCGAUCAUUUAUACUGAUAACAAACCGCACGCUACUGCCCAAUCACGAAUACGGUAUUUUACACAAAACCAGAAGCGUUAUUUACCGCAAUCACGCUUUUAGUGUGAAAAAUAAUGAAAUAGACUAUACUUUUGACCGGAAAUAGAAAUCUUUGCGUCUCCCUUUUCUGGAGAGUUCCAGAUAAGCAAAUGCUCUCUUUUGAUGAAAUAUUAAACUGUGAACCAUCUGGCGAUGCUGUAAAGGAGAGUUAAUCUAACAUAUGAUUUCUAUUUUCUGUACAGUGCUCUUAAUUUCCUCUUUAUUUUAAUGAGAAUACAGAAGCUGUUCUUACAAUCUGUUGGAUUAUUCCGCUACAAAUCGAGCGAUCCAGUUGUUAGGUUUCUGUCGGUGACAACAAGACGACAGCAGCAACACAGGUUGAGGUCUCCAACCAUCAUGGCGACUGAGAACAUCAAGCAGGUGUGGGAGAAUGGCGACAUCUUGAGGUCAGCUCAGGACAAGCGUCUGUAUCGAGGCCUGGAACUCACUAAUGGGAUGAAGCUACUUCUGAUCAGCGAUACUGACACUGACAAAUCAGCAGCUUCAAUGAAUGUCAACAUAGGUCACAUGAGUGACCCCACUGAUCUGCCUGGUCUUGCCCACUUCUGUGAACACAUGUUGUUCCUUGGCACAGAGAAGUAUCCAGAUGAAAAUGAGUACAGUAAGUUUCUUAGUGAGCAUGGGGGCAGCAGCAAUGCAUACACCUCCACCGAGAACACCAACUACUUCUUUGACAUCACACCCGGGAAUCUGGCCGGGGCUCUGGACAGGUUUGCCCAGUUCUUCUUGUGCCCACUGUUCACAUCCUCGGCGACUGACAGGGAAGUCAAUGCUGUCAACUCCGAGAAUGACAAGAAUCUCCAGAGUGACCAGUGGAGACUCAUGCAGCUAGAGAAGUCCCUUGCUGACCCGUCACAUGACUUCAGUAAAUUUGGAUCAGGCAACAAGCAGACCCUGGAUACGUUACCAAGGGAACGAGGACAGAACACAAGAGACGAACUGCUAAAGUUCCAUUCCAAGUACUACUCAGCUAAUGUCAUGGGUCUCUGUGUGUUAGGGAAGGAGUCCCUGGAUCAGUUGUCGGAGAUGGUGGUGCCGCUAUUUGCUGGUGUUGAGAACAAGUCUGUGUCCGUCCCAGAGUGGAAUAUUCACCCCUUUGGCCCUGACCAGCUUCAGAGGAACGUAUGUGUUGUCCCUGUGAAGGAUCUCCGCCAAAUGAAUGUGUCGUGGUCACUGCCAGAUCUCCACCCAUACUACACAUCAAAGCCAGAACACUAUCUGGGGCACCUGAUUGGUCACGAGGGGCCGGGGAGUCUGCUGUCCGAACUCAAGGCAAGAGCUUUGGUGUGCAUGACCCGCAGUUUUGUUGCAUCUGCAAGGUGCAGAAGUCUGCCAAGGACCCACACCCCUGGUGCCCAGACUGUGCGACUGUUGCCUGUUCCAUUGACGAAGCGCUGUCACUUUUGUACUCCGCUGUCCGUCGCGAGAUUUCAAGGCCUACCUCAGCGCUUAAGAAGAAACGCUUUGUCACAACGGAAGAGGAAAAUGUCUUCCCCUGUUUCUUCUGUGGACUCCUCGGUCUUCUCCCCUCAGACGCCGCUGCCGGAGCCCAAGCUAGCACCGCUCCAGCGCCGCUGCUCAGCUUUGUCCCUGGCGCCGACGCCUGUGGCACUUGAUUCUCCAGUUGCUGACUUGUUGCUUCAACCAACGCCGAUGCCUACGCCGACGCUUCAUGCGGACGCCGGCGCUUAUGCCGACGCCGACGACGCUGACAUGCUGACGCCGACGCUUGUACCGACGCCAGCGCCAGCGCCUAACUCCCGACGCUUUGGCAGACUACCGACGCCGAAGCGCUCCAUCGUUCUCGACGAUCUCGCUCCAGGUCUCCUCGGCAGCAUCAUCGGUCUAGGAGUCCUCGCCUUAGUUCGAUACUUUCUUCGCCGCCGGUCUGACUCAAGGUCUCGCCUCCGUGACGCUCCAAGGAUAGGAGAGGCGCCACGGUCACCGAUGCGUGGUAGGCGAUACCGCCGGUCCCGCUCAAGGUCACCUCCUGUUCGCCGCCCGACGCCCACGCUCCCCGACAGUUACUUUGAGUGCUGCUUCAGUUGUCAUCGAACCUGCCGGAUGUUGAAGCCGGUAUCAGCGUUGGCCUCGCAACUUCGGGCUGCUGCUUGGGAUCUGACGGAAGACAACACGCCAAGAUCAUCUGCAAGGGUAGAGGGAAGCGCCCGUUACGCCCCGGAGAAGAGACUCGUCCCCGCGACGCCUCUGGCAGAGGACGUGGGCCGGCAGAUCCAACCUGUUUUUCAGCGCCCAGCAGGAUUGUCCCUGGACCCCUUCGACGCCCGGCAGGGGGGCAUCGACUUCGACCCUUAUAUAGACGACUGUCUCAUGAACCACCUCGACCCUCAGUUGCUUCGCAAACAGAUGCACUUUGCCAUUCAUCUCUUGCAGCAACUGGGAUGGAUUAUCAACAUAGACAAAUCCCACCUGGAGCUGUCCCAGGAACUGACGCUUAUAGGAGGCCUCUUCCUGACACAUUGCGACCUUGUCAGGAUUCCGCUAGAUCGCUGGAGAAAGAUUGUCAGUUUAAGCCAACCGAGGUCUAUCCCAGCCGCCGUGCUCAGGGAGUGGCAGUCCCUCUUAGGUUGGGGUGCUCACCUCAACGACCAGACCACCUCGGGCUGUGGUCAGGCACCGAAGCUAGGAUGGCACAUCAACAACUUGGAGCUGCAAGCAGUCAUUUUAGCGGUUCGACACUGGGUGCCUCUGUUGCGGAACACCAGGCUCCUGAUAGCGUCGGACAAUUCCACGGUGGUGUGGUUGAUUCACAAUCAGGGAACGACCAGGUCCAAACAGUUGUUGGAGCAGACGUUCCAGCUGGCCAGUCUCCUGGACGACAAUGGCAUCAGCGCCAGAGCCCGACACAUCCCAGGAUCCAGCGGCAUGGGCGGUCGACGCCAUGUCCUUGUCGUGGGAGGGUCUGGACGUGUACGCCUUUCCACCACCAGUUCUGUUGCCAGCGGUAAUAGCAAAGGUCAAGCGGACAGAGACGAUUCGUCUGCUUUUGGUCGCGCCUUGGUGGCCAGCCAGAACCUGGUUCCCAGAUCUGCGCCGUCUCGCCGAAAGAAGUCCGCAACAGUUACCAGACUGGCCUCACCUGCUCAGGCAUCCCCACAGUCGAUAGUGGCAUCCCGAUCCGACUCGAGUUCAUCUGUGCGGUUGGAUCAUCUGCAAAAGGCGCUGAAGGCCAAGGGCUUCUCCACGGGUGUCGCCAAGGUUAUUGCUCGUGCUCAUCGAGUCUCCACAAGAUCACUCUAUGAUGAUAAGUGGGUUUCUUUUGAGAAGUUUUGUGCACAGAAGUCCAAGGACCCGUUGAAGGCUUCUCCUCAGUUUAUAGCAGAGUUCCUUCUCUUUCUUCGGAAGUCCCGGCGUCUCAAGGGCAACACUAUAGGAACUUAUUUAUCGGCUCUUAACUCCGCUCUGGCGGUCAAGCGCGACAAAAAGAUUUCCAAGGUGCCAGAACUCAUCGCCGCCCUCAAAGCGUUUAAGCUGGAGGACCAGAAGGACUUGAGUGCCAUGGCCUUCCGCUUCAAGGAUAAGGAACGUCCACGGGGCUAUGUCAGUUCUCUGUCAGGGAUGAUUCAUGAUUACCGGAUGCCAGAAGUUCUGAGUGGGAGCUACACAGUGACAGAGUACAAGCCGGACCUCGUCCAGUUGGUCAUAGACAAGCUUGUGCCAGAAAACAUGAAAUGCAUCAUCAUUGCUCAGAAAUUUAAAGGGAUGACAGACCAGAAGGAGAAGUGGUACGGUACAGACUACAGUGAGUCAAGUAUACCUGCAGAGAUGAUUAGGAAAUGGAGUGAUUGUGGAUUGCAUGAAAGUCUCCGUCUGCCUCAGAGAAAUGAAUUCAUUCCAACAAAUUUUGACAUUGUCACACGGGAGCCAGAGUCCUCUGCUGUUCCUGAUAUAAUUAGGGAUGAUGCUAUGUGCCGAUUCUGGUUCAAGCAAGAUGAUGAGUUCCUCCUACCUAAAGCCUGCAUGACAUUUGAGAUCAAAAGCUCCUAUGCCUACAUAGACCCGCUUCACGCCAACAUGAACAGCCUGCUGAUGCUGCUGUUUAAGGAUGCUGUCAAUGAGUAUGCCUACGAUGCUGAGCUGGCCGGACUGGGGUACAACCUUGACAAUACCAUGUAUGGAAUGACGUUGUCCGUCAAGGGUUACAGUGACAAGCUCCAUGUGCUGCUACAGAAGAUCGUCGAGCGUUUCACCACCUACACCGUGGAUCCCAAACGUUACGAGAUCAUCAAAGAGUUGUACUACCGAGGGCUGAAGAACUUUGUGGCAGAGCAGCCUCACCAGCACGCUAUCUACUUCACCUCCGUCCUUGUGUCUGAGAUGGUCUGGACAAAGUGUGAACUUCUGGAGUCAUUAGAUGAUGUGACGCUGGAGGGACUCCAGGCCUUCAUUCCCCAGCUGCUGUCCAAGGUCUACGUGGAAGGUCUCAUGUACGGAAACAUCACUAAACAGCGGGCUCUGGAGAUCGGUACCAUGAUAGAGACAAUACUUCGUGAAAAGAGUGGCUCAAAACCACUUCUGCCGAGUCAGCACAAACGAACACGGGAAUUACAGCUGCCUGAUGGCUGCUACUACAUGUACGAGCAGACCAACACGGUUCACAGCGGGUCGUGUAUUGAGAUCUACUACCAGUGUGGCCGCCAGGACACAACACUCAACAUGCAGCUGGAACUCUUCUCCCAGAUCAUCAGUGAGCCCUGCUUCAACAUCCUCCGGACCCAGGAACAGUUAGGCUAUAUAGUGUUCAGUGGUCUGCGUCGGUCCAGUGGCGUCCAGGGCCUCCGUGUGAUCGUCCAGUCAGACAGACAGCCAUCCUUUGUGGAAUCUCGGGUUGAAGCCUUCCUCAAGACUAUUGAUGACUAUAUCAACAAGAUGAGUGAAGAGGAGUUUGCCAAGCACGUGAAGGCUCUGGCAGCAAAACGAUUGGAGAAACCCAAGAAGCUAUCUGUGCUGAAUGGCAAGUUCUGGGGAGAGAUCAUCUCCGAGCAGUACCACUUUGACAGAGAUAAUGUGGAAGUAGCAUAUUUGAAGACUCUCAGCAAGGACGAUCUAUACACAUUUUACAAGUCCUACAUCGAUUCUGAUGCUCCAAAGCGUCACAAACUGAGUGUGCACAUCAUCUCCAGUAACCCUGGCGACCGGGUGAAUGGUGAUCAGGGGGCAACAGUGGUGAGAAACGUGUGGGACUUCAAGAGGAACCUGGCCCUCUACCCCCUGGCAAAACCAUACAUGGACUGUUCCAAGGCCAGAUCUAAACUCUGAAGUGUUUUCAACAUGGACUGUUAAAUGUUGAACUCACAACUGUGAACUUUCAAUGAGAAACUGCUGCUCUUUUAAUUACAAGUCAUCUAAUAGGUCAGAAUAAACGUCAGAGGCUGAGAUAAGUCAACUAGAAUAUUAUUUGUCAGGUACAGGGGUGGAAAUAACCCAUUGCCCGACGCCCGAGCCCAGUGUUUUUUUCUGUCGGGCAAGCAUAUUUGUAUAUCACACUGUACCGGUGUUCAGUUGAC